UCAAGACGCGAUGAGUUGGAACUCGGAAAGGAGCGGAAAAAUUCUAGAGCCCUCGAGAGAGCGCGAAACGAACCUUCUCCAGCUUUCCUCUUUCCCUCCUCCUAAAAUCUCGCCCCCUUCCUCCUGCCCCUCGCCAUUGCCGAUUUUCCGCAGCGCCGUCAUCACGAACGAACCACGCGAGCUCCCGAGGGGAAUCAACCGCCCGCAUAGCUGCUGGAUAUUGUUGGGAGGGAUUCGCAAAGCCGACGCGAGACGAGGAGGAGGUCUGGGCGGGCGGGCGAGAGGGCGAUGGACGCGGCGCCGGCGGUUCUGAAGAGGAAAGACGCGGGCGCGCCGGAGAUGUGGCUGGACGACGACGGCGCGUCCGGGUUUCCGGCUGUCUCCUCCCGCGCCACCAAAAUCCGCCGCCUCGACGCGGAGGUGCCGCCCGUUCUGCCCGGCGAUUUCGUGCCACCGCAGCCGCAGCCGGUGGCUGGCGAGGUGCGGAUGUGCGGCGAGCAGGUGCCUGUGGUCGUGGCGCCGGCGCUGAAGAGGAAAGGCGAGGACGCCUCCGGAUUCCCGGUCUCUUCCCGCGCCACCAAAAUCCGCCGUCUCAUCGCGGAGGUGCCGCCCGUUGUGCCCGAGCUGUGCGCGCCGCCGCAGCAGCCGGUGGCGGGUUUGGGGGCCGCGGAGGUGCCGGUGGUCGUCGCGCCGGCACCGAACGAGGAGAUGGCGAUCGUGCUGUACAAGCCGGCCGACGCCGGCCGCAAUCUCCUCCUCGGCCCCCUCCGGCCGGAGGUUCCUCUCCGUGUCAGCCCCGAUUGGAUCCACGGGCUCAAGAGCACCAUGCUCCGAGAGUUGAGCGAGCCCCGUGCUCUGAUCGAGCAGCUAUCCGCGGACGAGAGCUGCAACCUGGCCAUGGUCCCAUGGGUGCCCUCGAACUCCCAGGAGGCCUCCACGUCGGCCGCGGCAGCGACGACAGAGAUGAUGGACGCCGAGGACACGUCCAUGGAGGUCGAGCAAGACGGCGGCGGAGGAUCCUACCCUGCAGCCGCCGCCGCCGCCGGCGUCGCGCAGGGGGGCGAGGCGGCCUACCACCACCAUCAGUGGCCGCAGCAGCAGCAGCACUGCAUGGUGCAGCAGCCGCUCCCGGCGGCGAGCUACCAGCCGAGCCCGGUGACGUGGUCAUGGUGAACGGGCACUGUAGUGUAGCCUGUAGUAUACAAAACAAGAGCACGAGCUGGUACUGGUAGUGAGUAGCCCCAGCCAUAGAACGGUAGGUGAACGGAGGUGUUGGUGUAAUACUAGCUUACGAGUUGGCUUUCAUGGCGGUCUUGAUUUGCUUCCUGCUCUUGUUGCUUUCUCGUUUUGUUAGUGAGUGAAGCCUGAGCAGGAAACCCGAGUGACAGUUGAGAUGAGAGCCCAUGGUGUUCUCUGUUUUACUAUUGUUAUUACUUCAUCGAUCGAUGAUGAUGGUUACACGAUGAUAAUUUUCUGUUCCUGCGAAAGUAGCUGAAUGUAAUCGUCGUAAAUUUUAUGCUAGGAGAAGAUUUCUAAUGUAAAGUUAUUCAUCAACGUUUGGUUUCGGUAUCUCAAGAACAUA